AUGAAGAACGAGACCAAAAGGAAAAUGAAGGAGAGAUUUGGCCUGAGGCGGGACAUCUUUAAGGAGUUCCUGGCGGAAUUUCUGGGGAUAUUUGUCCUGAUACUUUUUGGAUGUGGUUCAGUGGCCCAGGCAGUGCUGAGUAAAGGGUCGCUCGGGGAGCCCUUGACUAUCCACAUCGGUUUCACUCUAGGAGUCAUGAUGGCUGUUUACAUGGCAGGCGGGGUGUCAGGAGCGCACGUGAACCCUGCAGUUUCUCUGGCCAUGGUGAUCCUGGGGAAGCUCCCUCUGAAGAAGUUUCCUGUGUAUGUGGUGGCACAAUUUCUGGGGGCCUUUACUGGAUCCUGCAUUGUCUUUGGGUUGUAUUAUGAUGCUUUGAUGGACUACACCUAUGGAGAACUUGCUGUUGCUGGUGAAAAUGCAACAACCAAAAUAUUUGCAUUUUCACCAGCAACAGCCAAAAUAUUUGCAUCUUAUCCUGCAAAACAUCUGUCAGUCCUGAAUGGAUUUGCUGAUCAAGUAAUUGCAACUGCCGCACUGAUCCUGUGCAUCCUGGCCAUCACUGACAAGAAGAACAUUGGUGCUCCUACAGGCAUGGAGCCUCUGUGCAUCGGCCUGGUCAUCAUGGCCAUUGGAGUGUCCAUGGGUCUGAACUGUGGCUAUCCAAUCAACCCGGCACGAGACCUUGGCCCACGGUUCUUCACGGCUCUGGCCGGGUGGGGCAUGGACGUAUUCAGAGCUGGAGGUUGCUGGUGGUGGAUCCCUGUGACAGGGCCUAUGGUGGGUGGGGCAGUUGGAGCAGGUAUUUACUUUCUCUUCAUUGAGUUGCACCACCCUGAGCCUGAAAAACAGGAGGAAAACAGUGUCCAGGACAAAUAUGAAAUGGUAACCAUGAGCUAAAGCAAUACAGCAGCUGAUUUUUCACCCUCAGAAGGCAAAAUCAAGAGGAAGCAGUUUUUUCUUUACAUUUCAACAGUUUAAGCAUGCAUCUAACUCACAACAUCAUAGUCCAUAAAAUAUGCAUGGCUGUUUAAUGAAGCUGAUAAAGACACUUUUUGUAGAAUGUCUGGCGUGUUUAUAAGAUUAAGGGGUUCUUUCAUAUAUCAAAGUCCUUCUUAAAAACUUUAAUCUUAUGAUAAGAUAACCUUGAAGUUCCUCCUCCUAUAACUAUGCAGUAUUCUUUAUAGUCUGUUUCCUAAUGGGGAUAAUCUCCUCUCCUUAGAAAUAUCUGCCAUGUUUUUGUACAACCUUUUAAUUUUUACUGCUGUUUACCUAACAAACAGGGACAUUAUAAAAAUCUAACACUUAGCAAACUGUUACUUUAAUGCGGAAAUGUAGUAAUUUAUAGUAUUUUUAGCCAGUGUGUUACAGUAAUUUGUUUUAUGU